GCGCAGAAAAGCAUCAACAAAAAAAAAAAAAAAAAAAAAACACAAAAAACACACAUUUAAAAACUUGCAAAAGAAACAAAAUGACAAAAAGGGAAAGGAAGAAAAAAUGAAAAAGCUAGACAAUUAUCUGAUUAACCAGGAAAAUGAAUUGGAUUUCCAAGAAAACUAUUCCUUGUUUAGCAAAUUUAAUGCUAAUGCGGAUGACCUUUUUUACAACCCCCAAGAUGAUAAAAUGGCAACCCACUUAAUAAGCAAAAAGGCACAAGGAAAGAAUGGUGAAAGUAAGGACACCCCGGUUAAGGACAACUUUCUCGAUUCCUUGAAUUCACUCAAAUUUAAAAUUAAACAGGAAAUUCAAGAAAACAACGAUCUGCUGUCUAUGCAAACGCGUAAGCAGCUAAGACAGAGUAGUAAAGAAAGGCUGAAAGGGAACUCCAGCUGGGGACCAAACAAAAUAACUACCCCAGGGAAUAAACCCAAAAGGGCCCUUAAAAAGACAAACGCUUCGAAUAAAAAACAGAUAGAUGAUGUAACCACCAAAAUGAAGAAAAAGAGCAACUACUGUGAAGCGGAAAAAUGUGUUAGUGCCAACUGCGGACAGACCUGUAGCACUUCCUUCUCACACCAAAUGGGAGGUAAGGACAAGGGAACAAACCCACUUCCUGUCAAUUCUGGACAAAUAAUCGAUGACGCCUUUUUCCAAAAAGAUGAAUUAUUUGCAGAAGGGGAAAGUAACACCCUAGUGUUCGGGAAAAACAAUUUUGAAAGCAUUAACAAAAUUGUUGAAGUUUCCAUGAAGGAAAACGGGCAAGGUAAAAGUGGAAGGAUGGGAGAAGCUGAAAAGGAAUUAUCAUUAUCUGCCCAAAUUUUCCAGCAAUGUCGAAACGAGCAACCUAUUUUGAACCAACUGGGGGAAUCCUGCACAGAUGAUUUUUUUAAAGAAGAUGAAAAUAACCAAGACAAUGAGGUGGCGUUAGAGCAGAAUGGCCAAAGUGACAUUCGAGGAGGCGGCGGAAGUCGUCUCCGCACAGCUAACCCAGACGGCGUUGACCACCUCACAGAAAGCGCGCAAGGGGGCAAAGUAGGCGAGAAAAAUAUAUCCACUCCAAGUGAUGCAAACCCCGAGUUGGACUUUUUCCUCAAUGGAGCGGCGCCCAUAAAGGAGGAGAACUGUUUUGAUUUGUUCUUUAACGAAUCCAUGGCAACUCCGACCAUAUUUCAGAGGAGAAGGCAUUAG